AUGGCCACAGGACGAGUCCUGCUAGGCUAUCUGAUGCUCCUGAUCCUGCACUUGGACCUCGGCGGCGGCCCUGGGGCCUGGAGGGCUCCUGUGGCGGAGGGGGAGCUCUUGUCCGAGUCAAUGGUGGACAGAGGGACUUGGAGGCCACAUCUGGGUAAGGACCAGAACCCCUCACACUCCCCGACUCCUUCCAUCUCAGACCCCGUCCACUGUCAGCUGCCCCUUGUCCCUGCAGGCACCCGCCCGCGCCGAGCUGUGGCCGGCCCGUGCCAGCUGUGGAGCCUGUCCUUGCCUGUGGCCGAGCUGGGCCUGGGCUACACGUCAGAGGAGACGGUCAUCUUCCGCUACUGUGCCGGCAGCUGUCCCCACAGCGCCCGCACCCAGCACGGCCUGACGUUGGCCUGGCUGCGGGGCCAGGGUCGAGCCCAUGGCGGGCCCUGCUGCCGGCCCACUCGCUACGCCGACGUGGCCUUCCUCGACGACCGCCACCGCUGGCAGCGGCUGCCCCAGCUCUCGGCGGCGGCCUGCGGCUGCGGCUAAAGAUGCACGGCCCGGGGUCCUGCAGCCACUGGAGGAGCCCAGAUGACUUAUUUAUCGGAGGCUUGGAUGCUGAGGCAAAGACAAGGGGAGGUGGGUGGGUUGGGGCCGCCAGCAAGGGGCGCAAUAAAUGAAACUGUUCCUCCAGCUUUGUGACUGUGUGUUCAGUCAGGGAUG